GCACUACCCAGUUAAUCUCCCACCAGCGGUGAAUAGUCUCACUCAGCAAGUGAUUCCAUGGACUUCGAAUAAGAGUUUAUUACAGGGUGUUCAAAAAUUAGGUCAGCAUCAGCACCAGCUCCUCCGAUGAUGCGGAAAAUCGAUACAAUUCUCAGAUCCAUGAGUAAUCAAGCGUUAAAUGCUCAUAGGGAAUGCCCCGAUUUAACCAAUGUGAGACCUUAUAAAGAUGUACCUGGUCCAAAACCAAUACCAAUUUUGGGUAAUACGUGGCGUCUGUUCCCAGUAAUUGGGCAAUAUGAAAUUGGUGACGUAGCCAAAAUUUCCCAAAUGUUUCAUGAAGAAUACGGUGAAAUAGUGCGGCUUAGUGGUCUAAUUGGCAGACCUGAUCUAUUGUUUGUAUACAAUGCCAAUGAAAUUGAAAAAAUGUAUAGGCAGGAAGGGCCUACACCCUUUCGACCAUCAAUGCCCUGUCUUGUGCAUUAUAAAGGUGUUGCCAGAAGACAUUUUUUUGGUGACUUAGGUGGUGUCGUAGGAAUCCACGGAGAGCCUUGGAAGUCAUUCCGGACGCGUGUUCAGAAACCGGUCCUCCAGCCCCAAACGGUACGAAAAUAUAUCACGCCUAUUGCUAAAGUGACUCAAGACUUUAUAGAAAGAAUUGAGAAAAUCAAGGAUGAGAAUAAUGAACUUCCAGCGGAUUUUGACAACGAAAUUCAUAAAUGGGCUCUGGAAUGUAUAGGACGUGUGGCUCUUGACGCAAGGUUAGGCUGCCUGGACGAUGACUUAACACCUAAUUCAGAGCCCCAAAAAAUAAUCGAUGCUGCUAAAUUUGCACUGAGAAAUGUUGCAGAAUUGGAAUUGAAAGCUCCGUACUGGAGAUAUAUACCUACGCCACUUUGGUCUCGUUACGUGAGAAACAUGGAUUUUUUCGUUGAGAUAUGCACAAAACACAUUGAUGCCGCUCUUGUGAGACUUAAGAACAGAAAAUCGAUCAAUGAGGCUGAUUUAUCACUGGUGGAAAGGAUCUUAGCCGACGAAAAAGAUCCAAAAAUAGCAUACAUUCUUGCUCUCGAUCUCAUACUUGUUGGAAUUGACACGAUUUCAAUGGCCGUUUGUUCAAUUCUGUAUCAAUUAGCAACAAGAACAGAGGAACAAGAGAAGGUGUAUUACGAAUUAAAACAAAUUCUUCCUGAUCCAUCCAUUCCACUGACGACCAAACAUGUGGAACAGGCGGUGUAUACCAAGGCUUUCAUUCGGGAAGUGUUCAGAGUAUAUUCCACCGUGAUUGGGAAUGGGAGAACAUUGCAAGCUGACGCUGUUAUCUGCGGAUAUCAAAUACCAAAAGGGGUUCAAGUAGUGUUCCCCACACUCGUUACUGGCAAUAUGGAAGAGUGGGUGAAGGAUGCCAAGAGUUUCAAACCUGAGAGAUGGUUGAAAGAGGAUGUCAAUGAUAAACUCCAUCCAUUUGCAUCUCUACCAUAUGGCCACGGGGCCCGUAUGUGCCUUGGCAGACGUUUCGCGGAUCUUGAGAUGCAAGUGUUACUCGCAAAGUUGAUUCGAAAUUACAAAUUGGAGUAUCACUACGAGCCCCUUAAAUAUCGAGUUACCUUUAUGUACGCUCCAGAUGGUGAUUUGAAAUUCAAAUUAGUGAAACGGUAAUCAAUACACGGGAAGAUUUUAAUAAGAUAAAUUGCGAUGUAAAAAUCGUAAUCGCGGACGAAAUGGCGAAUUCCGAGAAAUAUACGUUAAUUUUUUUUGGAAAUUGGGAGUUCGAUUUUUUCAAAAUACAUUUCUUUAUCCAAACAUCACGAAUUGGAAUCGUAAAAAAAAGAGAAAGAAUAUUUCGAUGUACAUAUUUUUAAAAAAUGUUUUUAGGGUCUGAAUAAUUAGUCAAUGGGAUGGGGGAGAAUGUAAUUACUUUCUCAAAUUUUACGAUUCAAAUUUGAUUUCUUUUUUCCGAUAGCUGAAAUAAAUUGAAUACUAUGUUCGUUUCAUUAAGUUGCAGUAAUAAAGUAAAAUAAAUCCAUGGUUUUAUCGAUUGUUCAGGAAAAGAAUAACUUAAAUUUUCAAUUAACUGAAAUUGAUAAUUUAUUGACAAUGUUUAUUUUUUACGGUAAAGGAGAACAAAAAUAUAUACAGCUAAGAUAUUAACUGCUGCAGUGUCCCUGGAUUUUUACAUGCGAAAUUUUAAUUUUUACGAUUUUUUUUUUUACGAACCCACAAAAUAUCAAAACAGCGAGUGAUGUUUAUAAACGGGGUAUAAGGAAAUAAACAUAAGGUUCCAUGCUCGCGUUUUUUGGUUCAUUGUUUCGUCGCAUGACGAAAGAUAUCGGUCGUGCUCAGUCAACGACAAGCCGUCACAGGACACUGUGUAUUUGGAAGAAAUAUAUUUUUUUUAUAAACGUUACAAACUUUUUUCUUCAUAAAUAUUUAGGUGGUAAUUCGGUGGAAUUUAGAAGAACAUAAUGAAAAUUUAGGAGUAAUUAGUUUUGGUUUAAUGGAUUCUUCUCUUUUUACAAUAAAAAUGAGCAGAAGAUAUCAGUAAACGAUUCAAAAAUAAUUACAACCGCUGGAGAAUAAUUUAAUGGUCAUUAUAAUCAAGGUUGUAUAAUUUAGGAGUUGAUGGUUUUAUUAAUAAAAAUUAAAAACGUA